AUGGACGAGAAGAACCACGAUGCACGACAUCUCUACGCCACUGCGCUUUUUCGCGAGGGUCAAACAUAUUCUGCGUUGCAUCUUGUAAAUAGACCGCCGGACGAUAUAUGUUCUGGAUGCCUGGAAAUCAAGGCGAAAUGCUGCACUGCUCUUGGGCGCCAUAGGCAGGCCCGAGAAGCGCUAGAGAGGACAGUGGCUGAUCCUCGUUAUACACCAUCCCUUGCCACAGGUAGUAGAAGCACGCAGCCCUUCCCUGAUGAAGCCGCCCUACAUUGCAGAGCUGGGACAAUGGCAUUGAAGGGCAAUCUACCCGAGGAAGCAGUGAUUAGCUUCCGUCGGGCAUUGGCGCUGAAUCCUUUUCUUUGGGAGGCCUUUGAAGGCCUAUGCGCUUUGGGUGCCUCCCCUCAUAUCGAUGAAUUAUUUCCCCCCCGACCCCAACCUACCCGACGAUUUCCAACGGAAGAGCCACAACAACCUAAACCCAUAAUGCCCACAACUACCGGUGCUGGCUUUUUUACCCCCGGCGCAGAGACGUCGGGCAAUCUCUUUCGUUGGGAUGUUGGGCAACCGCCAGCCUUCCGAAUGGGAGCUGCACCAUCUCGGCCGCGGGAUUCCAUCGCCACCAACGAGUCCUCAUUUUACCCUGUCGACACGCCAUUUCAGCCAAUACAUCGGAUAACACGGUCUCAACCUGUAGUUCCCACUCAACAGCCGCCUAUGUCUCGGCCACUCUCGUCUGCGGACGAGACAGGGCCGGUUGCGAAGAAACUGCGGUCAACAAGUCGACAACCGGAGGCUGCAGUGAGGGCUUCGAAGUCAAGCAAGUUGACUGACGAUACCUUGAAAAAGGCACGCGUCCGACCGGCCUUGACAUUUGCUAACUUCUUCUCAUCUUCCGGUCGUACCCAGCCUACGACGUCCUCUAGGACCUCCGCUGCUAUCGGAAAGAGCAAUCAAGUUGCUGGCCAUGGUGGUAUACCCACCCGAAGAAGUACGCGCUUGUUAAGCGGUACCUCCACGAAACAGGGACAUUCUAAGACUCUAUCGCGCGAUCGGCGACGACAGCCUGCACAACAACAUGCGAGGUCUGUUGAAUCGGAGAUAGAUGAAGAGACAGUAAACGUGGAAGAAGUCCCCUGUUCGCCUUCACCUUCCCUUCCCCAUUCACCGCGGUCUGAGGCCUCUCUAGCAUCUAGCACAUGGACAGCACACGAUCAAGCUACGCAGGAAACAUAUGAGUCAGACGCCGCUGAUCACUUUAUCUAUGACUUGAUGAGACGGUUCGCCAUAGCUUGGCGAGCCCUUUCCGUAUAUGAUGUACAGGGGUGCAUACAUGAGCUCGGACAGCUGCCUCAUGGACAACAGCAGUCCCCCGGUGUACUUGCAAUGGUCGGCAGGGCAAAUUAUGAACGGCUAGACUAUCCUUCGGCAGAGCGAGCCUUCAAAAGUGUCCGAGAGAAACAGCCCUAUCGACUAUGGGAUAUGGAAGUGUAUUCGACAUUGCUUUGGCAUUUACAACGAAACGUUGAACUGUCAUUCCUCGCGCAAGAACUUCUGAGCAUAAACCCUCAAUGUUCACAAGCUUGGAUUGCGGUGGGAAAUUUAUUCUCGCUGCAGAGAGAACGCACGCAAGCAUUGACCUGCUUCCGUCGAGCGUUGCAGAUGGAUCCAACGUGUGCUUACGCGUAUACGCUGAGUGGUCACGAGUCCAUAGACGAGGACGUCAAUAAGGCGGUGGGUUUCUUCCAGUCGGCCUUACGUGCUGAUCCUCGCCAUUACAAUGCUUGGUAUGGACUUGGGACGUGCUACCUGAGAAUGAGCAGGAUACGGCUCGCGGAGUACCAUUUCAGGAAAGCUUCAGAGAUCCAUCCAAACAACGUGGUGCUCCUUGGUUGCGUGGGUUUGGCUGUCGAAAGACGAGGAGACCGUGAGGGUGCACUGGCGAUCUUUGACCAGGCAAUACACCUUUGCCCUGAAAACGCACUUGUUCGUUAUCGUCGGGCCAAAAUCCUUAUCGCAGCGAAGAAGUAUCACGCGGCAGCGGAGGAUCUGGAAAGCCUGCGGAAGGUUGCGCCAGAAGAAGCGAAUGUGAUCUACCAGCUUGCGAAGGUAUAUCGCCUGAUGGGGAACGAGCUCAAGUCUGCACAGAUGCUAGCGCUGGCACGCGACAUUUCGCCCAAGAGCAUGCACAAGAUUAGCAAGCUUUUGGAUACGCUACGUGACGAGGGAGACCAAAUGGACGAAGGAUGA